UUGAAUGUUUGCCCCUAAACUUCUCUGCUACAGUUUCUCCUUCUGUAAAAUAGUUAUAGUAGUCAUCUGCUUUAUAGGUGUAUUGUGAAAGUUAGCUAAUUGUCUCAUUUGUAAAGCACUUCAAGAUCCUUGGUUGAUAGAUUUUAUAAGUGCAAAGUAGUCAUAUAUUUGGUCUCAACUGAAGAUUGUGUUUUGAAUAUCUAACCCUUUGUUAAAUAAUGAAGAUAUAUAAGACAGUGUUAACGCAUUUAUUUAUAAAUAAAUAGGACCCAAUCUUCCAUGCCACUAUCUUAAAUGCAGGUUCCAUAUCAUUGCAUGUGGAACAGAUUCCUACUGCAGUAUUUUUCAAGUUAGUGACAUCAUGAAACAAAGACUGUCCCAUAGCUUCACAUCUCCAUUUACAGGGAUUACACAAUGAUUCUCUGCUAUAAAAACUGAAAAAGUUAACAGUUUGGCUCAUGGAGAGCUAGUUAUCAUACUUGGCUCAAAACAAUGGCCCAAUCUUGCACAUUUUUUUACGAGAAUGAAAAAAUGAGCAAGAACUGGGCCCGAAUAAAGUGUAGGGAUCAGGUCAGAAAAGUACAGUUUCUUUUGUCUGCCAGUGUUUGUUUAAUUAUUUAGAGCCCAACGUUGCAACCCUUAUUCAUGUUGAGUAGUUCUUGAAGUCAAUGGGACUUUACAUGUGACCAGAUGGUUCAUGUGCAUGUGCACUGGGCCUCAGUCUAAAGGGUUCUGGCUUUUAAUGAAAGCCUUAAGAUUCAUUGAAGACUUCUGAGAAUUUGUCGGCCAAAUUUCCUGGCACUUCUGGAGCAAGGGCCAGGGUAAACCCUGUCUCCCAGAUGGAAGAAUUAGAGGGGAAGCUCUCAAGUAAAAAGAUGCAGUUUCUAUUUUCCUCAGGAUUAUUCUCACUUAGGAGAGAAUAGGGUCCAAAAUAAUUUAGCAGUGGAAGUAUACUACAGCAAUUACUACUUUGCAUUUAUUCAAAAAUAUAAAAAUGACUUAAAGAUAGGUAAGUGAUAUUAUUCUCUUUUAACAAAUGGUGAAACUGAGGUCAAAGUUAUUGUGAGCCAAAUUUUCCAAAGUGGCCUUUAAUUUUGAAUGCUUCCAUUUCUGGCUGCACAACUUCAAGCACAUUGAUCCUGAUUUUCAGAAGAGUUGAACACCUAAAACUCCAAUUGUGAGCAGCUGGUGCUCAGCACCUCUGAAAAGAUACUGUGUUACUAGAGGGAAUCAUGUAAGUACCUAGAUAACUUGGAAAUGAGGGCCUAGGUGUUUGCAGCUGAACACCCAAAAAUAGAGGCCACUAAUAAAAACUUGAAAUUAAGUGAUGUACCCACAAUCUCUCAAUGAAAUAAUGGGAGAGUCAAAAAUGAACACAGGAUUUCCUUUGACUCCCAUUAUCUACUCAUGUUGUCUCCCUUUUAUUUAAUGUUUUUCCUGCUACAAUUCUACUCAACAGCAGAUGCUCCAUCAUGUUUCUGCUUUUUUGUUGCAACCCACUGGUGUUUAGCUUCUGAAUUACAUCUUUAAUAUUGCCUACUUGAGCUACAUCCUGAACGGUGUAUGUCAAAUGCUGAUUGUGCCUUUACUGUGGUGGGCCCUAAGAUGUGGAACUUAUUUUCGCCUUGGCCUCUAUUCCAAUCCGUUACCGUCACAGGUCAAUUUUAAAUAUCUUACUUUUUUUCCCCCAGUUUCUUUUGUAUUACUUUUACAUAACCAUUGUUGAUAUCCUUAUGUGCUUAUAUCCUUAUGCAUUCCCUAUUUUUCCCUACGCAGUCAUUGUUAUAAGGAGAAUGCUUUUAUUCAUUCUCUCACUGUAGUUUUAUAUGUUUAUUUUAUUUGCCAAUUAAAAGGAGUAUUUGUCCCUUACUCUAGGUGUUUUUGAUGAUCCUUAAAUGUACAAUUGCGAAAGAGAUUCUUCCAGUAAUCAGCCUUCAACCAUUAAUGGUGAUAGUCACAACAACCAACAAUAAAACUGCAGCAAAAAGCAUAUUUAAUCUAUCUGGACAAAGCCUUACUAGUCCUUCGUAGCUAGAGAAAAUAACAUGACCCUUGCAGUAUGCCCUGAUCAUCAAUACAUUCUGACUAUUUCAGACAUUCAGGGGAGGGGAGAGAGUUCCAAAACUGAGGGGACCUCUUGGUUAACACACUGCCAGCUGCGCACUCUCUCUUACAGUAGUGGGGCUCUAGCUCGGGUGCACCCACUGAUACAAUUUUGACAGUAUAGUACAGGGAGACAGAUGGUCUCUCCAGUAAGUAGGGUCUAGGUUAAGUAGGGCUUUCCAGGUUAAAAUCAACAUUUUAAAUUCUACCUCGUAUUUAACAAGUAGCCAGUGUAGAUCCAGAACCAUGAGUAAAAUGUGCUAAUGGCAAGGUUUCUAAAUUAGCUGCUGAGCCUUGCACCAGCAUCAGUCUUUGGAUAGAUUUAAAAUGUAGUCCCAUCUAGAGCACAUUGGGCAGUCUAAUUUGGAGGUGGCAAAGGUGCAGAAGACAACUGCAAGGUCUAAACCUGAUAGAAACAGUUUCAAUUUUUUCACUGCAUAUAAUAGGCAGGGUAGAGAGGGGGAAAAACUGAUUUGAUUGUAGUUGCUGCCUGAUCUUCUGAUAGCUUGGAAUCUAGCCAGACUUCUAGAUUGUGCACCUGUUCCACAAAUGAUCAACAUCAACAAUUUGCCUAAUUCAGGCAGGCAAAAAUUUUCUUUGUCAUCUGUUCUGGUUGUUUCCUCAAACAACCAACAUCAGUCUAGUCUAAGCAGAUAGCUAUCAUCCACUAAGGCAACUGACUACUCUGGUACUCCUAUUCCAAACACCAUAUCAAGAGUACUGCCCAGCAUAUGAGUUGAUCCAGCAACCAUCUGGCAUAGAUUCACCAUUGUCAUGAUGUCUGGCAUAGAUUCAUCAUUGUCAUGAUGGCCAUGAACUCCUGAGCUUUUUCAGAGAACUUGUCAUCCACAUGGAGAUUGAUGUACUGUAAUCUCUUACUAUCAGUUUUGGUGUCUUUAAACCCACUAUGGUGAGCAACCUGAGCAGCUCCUAGAAGGAUUCCAUUGUGCAGCAGGUUGUCAUGGAUGAUGACGACGAUGAGUCCUGUCUCCUUGAUCUUAUUGGAGAUCCACAGGCACUGAAUUAUUUUCUACAUGGACCUAGUAGUAAAUCUAGCAAUGAAGACUUGACUAAUGCAGGGUACUCUGCAGCCAAUUCUAAUUCAAUUUUCGCCAACUCCAAUAACACUGAUCCUAAAUCCUCCAUCAAAGGUGUAAGCAAUCAGCUUGGAGAGGGGCCUAGUGAUGGACUACAACUGUCAAGUAGCCUUCAGUUUCUUGAAGAUGAACUUGAAUCUUCUCCUUUACCUGAUCUCAGUGAGGAUCAGCCUUUUGAUAUUCUUCAGAAGUCCUUACAGGAGGCCAAUAUUACUGAACAGACUUUGGCAGAAGAGGCAUAUCUGGAUGCCAGUAUAGGUUCUAGCCAACAGUUUGCACAAGCUCAGCUUCAUCCUUCUUCAUCAGCAUCCUUUACUCAGGCUUCUAAUGUGUCUAAUUACUCAGGUCAGACGCUGCAACCUAUAGGAGUUACUCAAGUGGUACAGCAACCAGUUGGAGCAUCUUUUGCAAGCAAUACAGUUGGUGUGCAACAUGGCUUUAUGCAACAUGUGGGAAUUAGUGUUCCCAGCCAGCAUUUGUCUAAUAGUAAUCAGAUUAGUGGUUCGGGGCAGAUACAGCUGAUUGGUUCAUUUAGUAAUCAACCUUCCAUGAUGACUAUUAACAACCUUGAUGGAUCUCAGAUUAUAUUGAAAGGCAGUGGACAGCAAGCACCUGCAAACAUGAGUAGUGGACUCUUGGUUCAUAGACAAACUCCUAAUGGUAACUCACUGUUUGGUAACUCAAAUUCAAGUCCAGUAGCACAACCUGUAACCGUCCCAUUUAACAGCACAAAUUUUCAGACAUCUUUACCAGUGCAUAAUAUCAUUAUUCAGAGGGGUCUAGCACCAAAUUCUAAUAAAGUUCCGAUUAAUAUCCAACCAAAGCCUAUUCAGAUGGGUCAGCAAACAGCUUACAAUGUGAAUAACUUGGGAAUACAGCAGCAUCAUGUACAACAAGGGAUUCCUUUUGCUUCAGCAAGUUCACCUCAAAAUUCAGUAGUUGGUCCUCAUAUGUCUGUUAAUAUUGUUAAUCAGCAAAACACAAGGAAAUCAGUUACUCCUCAAACAGUUAGUAAUGCUGGAGGUAGUAUUGUUAUCCAUUCUCCUAUGGGACAGCCUCAUGUAUCUCAAAAUCAGUUUCUCAUACCUACAAGUCUCUCUGUCAAUUCUAAUUCAGUUCAUCAUGUGCAGACCAUAAAUGGACAACUUCUUCAGACUCAACCUUCCCAGUUGGUUUCUAGCCAAGUAUCUGCUGAGCAUGUUAUGCUGAACAGGAACUCUACAAGCAUGCUCAGGGCCAACCAUUCAUAUUCAGGACAGAUGCUGAAUAAUCAGAAUACAGCUGUUCAGUUAGUUUCUGGUCAGACAUUUACAGCUCCUGGAAGUCAAGUUAUAGUAAAUCAUGGAACUUCUCAAAUUGUUGGUGGACAGGUGCCAUUACAACAGGCAUCACCAACAGUGUUGCAUUUAUCACCCAGUCAAAGUAGUGUUUCUCAAGGUAGAUCAGGUUUUACUACAAUGUCACCUGGACAGUCUACAGUCUCAAAUAUGUCAGCAUCUAAUCGAUUUGCUGUUGUAAGUUCUUCUGGCACAGUACAUCCCAGCCUGGGGCCACCAGUUCAGUCUGUUGCAUCAGGAGGAAAUUUUACUGGAGAUCAACUUACACAGCAGAACAGAACACAAGUUUCAGUGAGUGUAUCCCAUUGUCUUCCAGUUUCCUCUUCGAAAUCUAUCAGCACUUUCAGUCGCACAUCAGUAGGAGUAACGCAGCAACAGUUCACUUUUGCUCAGGCUCAGAAAAAAGUUAUGAACCAGUCCUCACCAGUUUCUGCAUCAAAGUCACAGGAUAGCUUGAGACAACCUCAGCUAACAGGUCUUCUGAGUAACACGUUGCCAGGACAGGAUUCUGGAGGUAAAAUCAUCCAGCAACCUUUAGGAACAACACAAUCACAGCAGGAAAAUGUAGUAGGAUCAUCUCCUGUCCAACAACAUGUGCAGGUGGAUGUUCAUACAGUUGGACAAAAGAGGCCUGCUGCUAAACAGCUAACAAAAGGAGCUUUUAUCCUACAGCAGUUACAGAAGGAGCAGGCACAUGCUGUGACACCAGAUAAAAGUCAAUUCAGAUCAUUAAAUGAUGCAGUCCAGAGACUCCUCUCAUAUCAUGUGUGCCAGGGAUCACUGCCAACCAAGGAGGAUUUAAGAAAAGUGGACAGUGAAUUUGAAUCUGUAGCCACGCAGCUUCUGAAAAGGACACAAGCUAUGCUAAAUAAGUACAGAUGUUUGCUCCUAGAAGAUGCAAUGCGGAUAAAUCCCUCUGCAGAAAUGGUUAUGAUUGACAGGAUGUUUAACCAGGAAGAAAGGGCGUCUCUGUCCCGGGAUAAGCGCCUUGCACUAGUGGAUCCUGAUGGUUAUCUGGCUGAUUUUUGUUGUUCCUCUAAACGAUUUGAUGAAACUGUUGAUGAAGCACAGUCCAGUGAAAGUGAUCAUCAGUGUAGUAAAUCUUUGACUUCUCACAGUCAGCCUACCAAGAUCCAAACCAGAGACCGAUCAAAAUCCAGCACAGCAGAGUCUACAAAUCACAACAAACUUCAUUUAGUGCCUAACAACAUUGUGACACAACAAGAAGGAAAAAUUUCUACUAAAAAAACGGAAAGCCUUACUAAAGCUUUAAAGUUUGAGAAGGCUAGCUGUUCUCCUGACAGUCAAUACAUGGCUGUCUCUGAAGAGAAAUUGGCUGAUAAAGAUCUUGCCAAGACCAAUGAAAAUUCUUCAGAUUCUGAAGACUUGUCAAAAACCUUGUCAAGAGCUAAUCAUGGUACACAUAAAAUGUCAAGGAAUACAGUUGAAUCUCACUCAGAGGUAAUAUGUAAUAACUCCCUCCAAGACAAAACUCAGAGGAGCUUUCCAAAGAAUGAGGUUUUACAUCCUGACAACAUGAAAGGCUCGGGUGAACCCCAACAGGAUUUGCUCCUCAGUAAGAGUUUAGAAACUACAUUCAAAAACAUUUUGGAACUGAAAAAAACUGGGAGACCGCCACAAAGUGAGGCUACUGGCAGUGGCUCUGUAGAAUUAGACUUUCCAAACUUUUCACCAAUUGCUUCACAAGAAAACUGUCUGGAAAAAUUUAUUCCAGAUCACAGUGAAGGUGUUGUAGAAACGGACUCUAUUUUAGAAGCAGCUGUAAAUAGUAUCUUAGAGUGUUAAUAGUUACAGUACCAUGGACAAGUUAUGUUUCUCUUAGUAGAAGCAAAUGUGAAUGACACCACAAGUACAGCCUGACAUAUGUCAAAGGUUAAUCUUUCUAAACUAGAUUCUGUUCUGUGUUUGAGAGCAAUACUCAUUGUGAUUACAGUGAGAUAUCCAGUAAAGUUGAUCCUUGUUAGAAUGCAGUCUGUUGGGGCCUACACAUUUCAAGUAUUAUAAUGAUAGUGCUUAUGGUAAUUGUUUAACACUGCAAUUUAAUGAGAUUGCAGUUCACUGGGCCCUAGGUAAUAAGGUAAUAUACUGACAAUCACAGUCAUAUGAAAAGGCAGAUUUAUUCAAGAAAACGUUAAAAAGACAAAUGGAAGCAACAAUUUUCCCCCUUCCAUAAAUCACUAGAUUUUAUUUUAUUUUUUUCCAGGAAAACCUCGUGGUUAAAUACCCAUUGUACCGCUAUUCAGAAAUGAUUGUCUGUUUGAUUUAUUACUAAAUCCAUCUGCUCUAGGAUUUUAAGUUGGAAGGAUGUCAUCGGUACGUUUAUAGGGCUUCAUAUUUUAAGUGCUUUUCUGUUGUCACUGGGCAGAAAGUAGUACAUGAGUGUAUCUGUAGUGGGUGAAUUUAGUCUGUGGAAUGAUACUGUAUAAUGUUAGUCACAACGGUAUGAUGUGAAAUAAUAUAUGCUAGACUAAGGAAAGAAGAACAGAAGCUAAUAAGUGGCAAAGUGUACAGGAGGAGGUCAUGAUGGAGCCAUGAAUUUAUAUAUAUAAAUACAUAUAUAUGUUAACUCUUGAGGAGAAGGUUUUGAAUUUUAUAAUUGGAUAUAGUCAACCUAAGUCUUUCUGAAGUGGUAUAAAUGUUGUUGUUUUUUUUUUAAGACCAAGUGUCAAAAGCACUUUUAUUUGAAAACUGUGUUAUUAAAUUAGUAGUUUAUACUUUGAGGGGACAUUAGCCUUAAUCUGAGAAAUUUAAAGGCCAGUGUUGUUGUUGCUUGUUUCUGCUUCUUGCUGUCAGAGAAUAUUAGUCAUCCACAGCAGCAGUCAUAACUACCAAAAUAUGUACAGACCAAAGUUAAUCAACUAUCCCAUUGUUAAAACAUAUCCAAACUUGUAUAAUUAUUAAUUCACAUUUUAGAGCCAAAGGAAACCCCUGCGUGGUUUGAUUUGGCUGGUGUUCGUGUUGACAAGAAUAGAAGCUUGUUAUUUUAUUUAUUUAUUUUUAAUAUGUGACUUUUCCCUUUUAUGGUCCAUGCUUCUUUUUUAAUAGUUUACUUUGGUCAUUAGUGCUGUUGUGCACAUAAGUGUUCUGCCAUUACCGAGAUGAAUCUAGCAUGUAUGUCUGCUCAGAAGGGUAGAGCUGUUGUGGUUUCUAAGGCAUGCUGUCUAUCUCUCUUUCCUUCUGUCUUCCUCCCUGUUGCUCACAAAAAUAAACAACCAUGUUUCAAAACUUGCUGAUUGCCAUUAUCAUAAUCUAGAGAUCCAUUGUGACAAACUGUGGUUGUCAGUCAGAUUGCCAGAACUGCCAGGAAAGAAAACAAAAGGCCAGGUUUUGCUAUCAUUUGCACCAGUGCAAAAGAGAGCAGAAUUUGGCCCUUGGGCUUUUGACAGCACGAAAUUAUAAUGCACCUCCAUUUUGUUGAGCUGCAGUCCACUAUGUGAUAACAUAAGAAAACCAAAUCUAGUCAACCUGAGAAAGAUAACAAUAUUUAACAUAUAAUUAAGGUUCAGUUCCCGUUCAAUGUGAAUGGAAAUAUAAAUAUUUUGUACAUUAUUAAUUGCCAUUUCAAAACAUUUGUGCCAAUUUUAAAUUUGUCAAAAUCCAACAUUCCCAAAUGUCAUGUAAAACAUUUAAAAUAAUAACACGGUAUUGCCAGUUUCAAAUUUCUAACUGGGCAUCAUUACAGUAGACUCUUAGGCAAUUAGCUAUUUUCUAGUUAAUGAGACUGACAGUAUAGUCUUUGCCGAUUGCCUUUGAAAUUUCAUAAAGAUAAUGAUGGCUGUGUAUCCUGUGGAUUAUGUAUCUUAUAAUUCAUUCAAUUUCAGCCAAUAUGAGCAGUCUAGAAAGGAAGGCUGUAAGUUAUAUCAGCAAUGUAAAUUAGUUUAAUUUUCAUCCUAUGAGAAAAAGGUGCACAUUUAUGGAUCCUGUCGCUCUUGGUACCAUCUCAAAAGGCGUAUUAGCUUUCAAGCAUCUGUACAGCAAAUAUAUAACCUAAAUAACAAAAUGUUGUGUCCACUAUGUAAAUUUAUUUUUCCUGGGCAGUGAAUUAUAGAUAGUGACAAAUAAAGAUUAAGACAUGUUUUUUAACAUUGUUGAUUAGGUCAGACAAAGGUUUGUCCAAACAUCUUAUGUCCGGAAUCCAUUGAGCAAAGGCCAGCAAACUUACUGUUGGAUCAUUAGUGUUCUGUUAUUCAUUCAUUUGAAUUCUACUUUAGGAAUACUUAUACUUGGUAAUGCAGUAAACAGAAUAUUCUUAUAUAUGAAAUAUUGUUUUAAUAAAGUGUGAAUUGGAAUCUGAUCCAGUGAAAUACUUUAACACAUGCCUGAUUUUAAGCACAUGCUAAAAUGCUUUGCUGGAUCAGCGUAAUGAUUUCCAAUGUUCUUGAAUACUGCCUAAGGUUAAAAUAAAUUUUAAACUGGCAAUUACAAAAAAAUAUUUUAACUUUGAAGAGUUUAGCAUAAUUUAUCUCUUAGACUAGGGAGGCCUUACAGACUGACUUCACUUAAAGAGGAUGUGUCACUUAUUGUCAAUGUGGUAUGGACUUUAUUUGCUUAAAUACCUUCAUUUGUAUAGUAUGUCUCACUUGAAAUUGCUUUGUAUACAUUUUGUAAAAAUAUUUAUAAAAUGUUUUGUAAAAAAAGUAUAACAAAUUGCAGUUUAUUUUGUUAUGUUGGAUAAAUACUGUUAAAAGACACAAGUCGGUAAAUAUAUUGUUAAUCCAUGGAUAGGAAAUGUUUAGUUGGAGAUUACAGAUUGAAACAACCAUUGCAAUACAGCCAAAGAUUUGGGAAAAAGUAUAUCUGUGAUUGUCUUGAUUUUAACCAAGAUGAAUAAGUACAUUUCCAAAAGAAGGGUUGUUUUCAGCUUCAAGUAAUAUAGUUGCAGAACAGUCUGACUUACUGUACUUUUUAUAAUGCAACUGUAUUAUGAAAUAAUAUAUUUAAUAGACA